UUUAUAUUUUAUUUUAAAAAGGGGGCUGCGUUGUGGGUUUUUUUUUUUUUUUUUUUUUUUUGUAACAAAGCGCAGUCACUCAGAGCCAACGACUGCAGUGGACUGUCAAGAACAGACGUGCUUUUAUGAAAAAUACGAUUUAAACUGACAAUAAAAAAACACGAUGGCCGUAGAAACACUGAACUCUGAAGAGGUUCACCCAGAAUUUUCAGAAAAUGGCUUUGUGGCUACCGAAAACACUUCUUCGGGAGUGCUCUGUGAAUAUGACGAAUAUGUGGCGCCUUAUCUUGGGGGAUUUGGGAAAUACCAGAAACAACUAAUUCUCCUAACCUGGAUCCCCGCUUUGUUUAUUGGAUACAGCCAGAAUUCAGACUCUCUUCUUUUAGCCCUGCCCGGCUACACUUGUAAAUCUGUGACUGUGAGUUGGGCAAAUACGACAGUAAACCCGGUUUCAUAUGUAAAUACAACAAAUGGCAGCAGGACUGCUUAUGUUCACGGGAAUGACAGUAUCAACGAUAUCAACAAGACAGACUGUCUGUGCGCUGACAGGAAAUAUAACAUAAGCAUUGGUCUCGUACAAAACGUAGUCACCAAGUGGAAUUUGGUGUGCGAUUCAACCUGGAAGGUCCACAUUGCCAAGUUUUCUCUACUGGUUGGUUUAAUCUUUGGAUAUCUAGUGAUGGGAGUUUUGGCCGAUUGGUUCGGACGACAGCCUGUACUUAUCGUCUCAGUUUUUUUCAUAUUAAUAUUUGGACUAACUGUCGCUGUUUCUGUGAAUGUGACCAUGUUUAGCACACUGAGGUUCUUCGAAGGAUUUUGUCUGGCAGGAAUCAUUCUUUCCCUAUAUGUAAUGAGGAUUGAGAUAUGUGAUCCAGGAAACCGGUUUAUGGUGACCAUGGUGGCGAGCUUCAUUGCAUUGCUGGGGCAGCUUCUUUUACCAGGCCUGGCUGCCCUCUGCAGAGACUGGCAAGUUCUACAGGCAGUUAUCAUCUGUCCCUUCAUUCUCAUGAUCUCCUUUAUAUGCAUUUUCCCAGAAUCUCUACGCUGGCUUCUGGCCACACAACAGUAUGAGAGGGCGAAAAUCUUAAUUCUCCAAAUCAAAAGAAAGAACAGAGUGGAUUCCGAGACUGAUGUUAAGGGGAUCAUGCCUGAACUGGAAAGAGAACUUACUAAGCAACCUAAGAAAACUUGUAUUGUAAAAGUGGUAGGGACUAGAAACCUAUGGAAGAACAUCUUGGUUCUCUGUGUAAACUCGCUCACCGGGUUUGGGAUCCACCACUGCUUUGCCAGAAGCAUGAUGCAAAACAAAUGGGAAAAUACUACAGUUUCACACAACAGCGACACCCAAAACAUGAUUCUCAGCAACUUCUACGCAGACUAUUACACCAUGGCGGGGAUUGCAGUGGCCUCCUGCCUGGCCAUGUGCCCUGCAGUGGGGUUCAUGGGCCGGAGGGGGGCCCUGCUGAUGUUUAUGAUCCUCACCGCCCUGGCCUCACUGCUGCAGCUGGGCUUCUUAAACUUAAUCGGGAAGUACAACCUUCAUCAUGACACAGAUUUAAAAGAGACUAUCAACAGAAAGUUCUCCAUUGCCUUUUCCAUCAUAGGAAUGUUUUCAUCCCAUGCUGUUGGGAGCCUGAGCAUUUUCUUCUGUGCGGAAAUCACCCCCACAGUCAUCAGGGGUGGAGGGCUGGGGUUGGUUCUGGCAAGCGCUGGGUUUGGAAUGUUGACCGCCCCCAUCAUGGAGCUGCAUAACCAGAAAGGAUACUUCCUGCACCAUGUGAUUUUCGCCUGCUGCACCAUCAUCUGCAUUAUCUGCAUUCUGCUGCUGCCCGAGAGCAGACACCAACACCUUCCAGAGACCAUUUCAGACGGGGAGAGGUACAUGCGACAACCCCUGCUGCCACCGAAGAAGGGGGGCGAGCAGCCUCUCUUGUUAAUAAAAUCUGAGCGGAAGGAUUAUUCGGGAAUCCACCAAACUCCCGUCCACCGUGCAGCCAGCACUGAAAGCAACACGGCUAAUGUGGUGAAAUCCUCAUGAUUGGUUUGCCUCCCGGUGAAUCCAUAGUUUGUGGCUGAGGAAGCAGAGAUUGUUUUGCACCGGUUUGAGCAAAGAAAAAAACUACAACAAAAAAUGAUUGCUUUGCUUUGAUUCAAUGAGUUCAUUCGAUUUAGCUGAUCACUGCUGAAUAUGUAGGGCUCUUGUAUAACCAUCACAUAUAAAGUGAAGGACGUGGGCUAUGUCACUGAAGAGGAUUUUAACAAGUGUUUUUUUUUAGGAUAAAAAAGCAAAUAUUUGUACUGUGCGUUCUGGUUUAAUGUAUUCAUGCAGAAUGUUCAAUCAACUGUGGAAGUGUGCCAGUGGGUUAAGUGCUUGGUCUCCUGGUUGAAUGCCACAAGAUGGUUAACUCAUCAGAUUAAAUUUAAAUGACCAGGAAAUCUAGAUAAAUCAUUUAAGACUUUUCAGGCGUUUUAAUAAACAAGGUGGCAUUAAGUCGGAUGUGGCAAAUGACAAAAUUAGUGGUGGUUGUGGUUUAGUGAUCUCACUGGUUUAUUAAAUAGCAAUUAUGAUGAUUAAUCAUGAAAAUUGGUGAUUAUAGUACUGACCACAUUUAACUAACAUGAAAAACGUAUGACUGGGUUUUGGUUAAAAAAUAAGCUUAAAAAAAAAAAAAAAAAAACCUGGUUGAGCUGUAUAAUAUUUUGGGUAUGUUUUGAGGAAUUUUUACAGCCAGUUGUAAUGUGCUCGAGUGUUUUAUUGUGAUGUUACUGGUUCUGAUUUCGGGUUAUUAAUUUUAUACCACUCUGCUGCAAUUUAAAAAAAUAAUGUAUGAGUUUACCUUGUUUACUGUGUUAUUACAAAGUGAAUUCUAUCUAACUUUGCACAUUGUACAGAUCAUGGGUCAUGUUUUUGCUUGAAAUAUUUGAGGAUUUGAUGAGACCGCUUAUAUUAAACACUUCUGAGCAAUUCUUGGGACUUGCAGGGUUUGUUUGCCCUUCAUAGCUAUUUAUAGUGUAGCUCAACAUGCUAAGGCAAUGCCACCCAUUACAAAAGUGUUAGUUAGGGAUGAUCGGAUGUUUUUAUUAAUCUAGCCACAAGUGGUCAUAUGUAAUAUGUAACACAAAACCUAGGCUGUCUAAGGGGCCAUUGAUCAUAAUCAUAAUAAAGCACAACUCUUUUCUUUUAGCAUAGUUCAGCAUUUUACCACACGCAGAACUGUACUGCCAGUGGAGCGUUGUUAAAGACUGAAGCCAAGUUUGGGUGAUUUAAGAAAACUGUGUUAUUUUCCUAACCCUCAACCUGAAAAACAUAGAUGCCGUAGGGUUAGGGUUUUGCUGGGCUACACUACACUGCAAUCCAAAAAAUGUGGUGAAGGAUUUUAUUAAUGAAUGAAUACAUGGAUGAAUGUAUAACACUAAUCAUGUUUUUAUUUUAUUUUUUCUUGAGUUACUUCUAAUGCAUUUGUGUCAUAUAGGUUUAAAAUAAACAAGUUUAUUUAUUCAUUUCUAA